ACCAUAAAAUCGCAUAAACCACACCUCUCACAUAGGGGAUAUAUAUAUAGCACCACACAGCACUGCACCCACUACCAUCUUAAUUUCUCCUUCUUCAUAACACUUUUUCUAUAUAACCUUACUUCUGAUUGCAACGCCACUCCAUUUUUCUUCCAACAUGGGCGGUAUCAGCCUUGAGGAAAUCAAAAACGAAAACGUCGAUCUGGAACGAAUUCCAGUAGAGGAAGUGUUUGAACAGCUGAAAUGUUCAAGAGCAGGCCUUUCAUCGGACGAAGGAGCCAGUCGGCUUCAAGUUUUCGGGCCAAACAAAUUGGAAGAGAAAAAGGAGAGCAAGGUUUUGAAGUUCUUGGGUUUUAUGUGGAACCCUUUAUCAUGGGUCAUGGAAGCUGCUGCUAUAAUGGCCAUUGCUUUGGCUAAUGGUGGAGGAAGACCCCCAGAUUGGCAAGACUUCGUUGGUAUCAUUGCUCUUUUGCUCAUUAACUCCACAAUCAGUUUCAUUGAGGAAAACAAUGCUGGCAAUGCUGCUGCUGCACUCAUGGCUGGUUUAGCUCCCAAGACCAAGGUUCUAAGAGAUGGGCGAUGGACUGAACAGGAUGCUGCAAUUUUGGUGCCAGGAGAUAUAAUCAGCAUUAAGCUUGGAGAUAUCAUUCCUGCUGAUGCACGUCUUCUGGAGGGCGAUGCUUUGAGUGUUGAUCAAUCUGCUUUGACUGGUGAAUCUCUUCCAGUGACAAAGAAUCCAUCUGAUGAAGUGUUUUCUGGAUCAACUGUUAAGAAAGGUGAGAUAGAAGCUGUUGUGAUUGCUACUGGGGUGCACACAUUUUUUGGUAAAGCAGCUCAUUUGGUGGACAGCACCAACCAAGUUGGGCACUUUCAGAAAGUCCUUACAGCAAUUGGUAAUUUCUGUAUUUGCUCCAUUGCUGUUGGGAUAAUCAUUGAGCUCAUAGUCAUGUACCCAAUACAGCACCGCAAGUAUAGAGAUGGAAUUGACAAUCUGUUGGUCCUAUUGAUUGGAGGGAUUCCAAUUGCUAUGCCAACUGUUCUGUCUGUCACUAUGGCUAUUGGUUCUCACAGGCUUUCCCAGCAAGGUGCAAUCACAAAGAGGAUGACGGCUAUUGAGGAAAUGGCAGGGAUGGAUGUCCUUUGCAGUGACAAAACUGGGACUCUGACACUGAAUAAGCUGACUGUUGAUAAAAACUUGGUUGAGGUUUUUGCUAAGGGUGUUGAGAAGGAGUAUGUGAUCCUUCUUGCAGCAAGGGCUUCUAGGACCGAGAAUCAGGAUGCCAUAGAUGCUGCAAUUGUUGGGAUGCUUGCUGACCCAAAGGAGGCACGAGCUGGUAUCAGGGAGGUUCAUUUUCUUCCAUUCAAUCCGGUAGACAAGAGGACUGCUUUAACGUACAUCGAUUCUGAUGGAAAUUGGCAUCGAGCUAGCAAAGGUGCUCCUGAGCAGAUAUUGAACCUCUGCAACUGCAAAGAGGAUGUCAGAAAAAGGGUUCACUCAGUGAUUGACAAGUUUGCUGAACGCGGCCUCCGUUCUUUGGCUGUUGCUAGACAGGAAGUACCUGAGAAAACAAAGGAUAGUCCUGGUGCACCAUGGCAAUUUGUUGGUCUGCUACCACUGUUUGAUCCUCCCAGGCACGAUAGUGCAGAAACCAUCACAAGAGCUCUGAACCUCGGUGUGAAUGUUAAGAUGAUUACUGGUGAUCAGCUUGCCAUUGCCAAGGAAACUGGCAGAAGGCUUGGGAUGGGAACAAACAUGUACCCAUCUUCUUCAUUGCUUGGCCAAAGUAAGGAUGCUUCUGUUUCAGCUGUUCCUGUUGAUGAGUUGAUUGAGAAGGCUGAUGGAUUUGCUGGAGUAUUUCCUGAACACAAAUAUGAAAUUGUCAAGAGGCUGCAAGAGAGGAAGCACAUAUGUGGAAUGACAGGUGACGGUGUCAAUGAUGCCCCUGCAUUAAAGAAAGCAGAUAUUGGAAUUGCUGUUGCUGACGCUACAGAUGCUGCUAGAAGUGCUUCUGACAUUGUCCUCACUGAACCUGGUCUGAGUGUCAUUAUUAGUGCAGUGCUCACCAGCAGGGCAAUUUUCCAAAGGAUGAAGAAUUAUACUAUAUAUGCUGUGUCAAUCACCAUUCGUAUUGUGUUUGGUUUCCUGUUUAUUGCAUUGAUUUGGAAGUUUGAUUUUGCACCCUUCAUGGUGUUGAUCAUUGCCAUACUAAAUGAUGGUACCAUUAUGACAAUAUCCAAGGAUAGAGUGAAACCAUCUCCACAACCUGACAGCUGGAAACUGAGGGAGAUAUUUGCCACUGGCGUUGUGCUAGGUAGUUACUUGGCACUGAUGACAGUAAUAUUUUUCUGGCUCAUGAGGGAUACCGACUUCUUCUCGGACAAGUUUGGUGUGAGGUCUUUGAGGAAAAGCCCCGAAGAAAUGAUGGCAGCACUGUACCUACAAGUCAGUAUUAUAAGCCAGGCACUAAUUUUUGUCACCAGGUCCCGCAGCUGGUCCUAUGUUGAAAGACCUGGUCUUCUCCUACUUGGUGCUUUUAUGAUUGCACAAUUGGUUGCAACUUUUCUAGCAGUAUAUGCUAAUUGGGGCUUCGCUAGAAUUAAGGGAAUGGGAUGGGGUUGGGCUGGUGUAAUCUGGCUCUUCAGUUUAGUGACAUAUGUGCCUCUUGAUAUACUCAAAUUCGCAAUCCGCUAUGUUCUGAGUGGGAAGGCUUGGGAUAAUCUUUUGGAGAACAAGACUGCCUUCACUACAAAGAAAGACUACGGCAAAGAAGAAAGGGAAGCACAAUGGGCAGCUGCACAGAGAACUCUACAUGGUCUUCAGCCACCUGAAACAACCAACCUUUUCAAUGACAAGAACAGCUACCGGGAACUUUCAGAGAUUGCUGAGCAAGCCAAGAGACGUGCUGAGGUUGCAAGGCUCAGGGAGCUUCAUACUCUGAAGGGACAUGUUGAGUCAGUGGUGAAGCUGAAGGGACUUGACAUCGAUACAAUUCAACAGCAUUAUACAGUUUAAUUAAGGAGCUUGGACAACUUUCAAGAAGAACAUGCUUCGGUGCUUGUCCGAGAACAAAAACAGCAACAUAAUGAAGACCUAAGUUACUCCGUGUUUUAGAUUAGGAUGAAGGUCCUUUGGUGAAAAUUUGACUGGUUAUUCCUCUAUUCCAUCUAUUUUAGUAGCUGGAAGAGAUGCUAUUCUCUUUAGGUACCAAAUAACAUGGUUGAUAGGAUUUACUUGCGUCUUUUUUUGCGAACGUUAAUGAUAUUAAGGUCACUUUAAAGCCCUAUAUAUUUUUUUCUCUGAACAAAAAUCUCAAUAUAUUUUUUAUCUUGAUUAAUGUUGCUAAAUGCUGAAUUCAAUCUUCGUGUCCUUUUUCUACAUCCGUUCGUGUCCAGCCCAAAAAAGACAACAUCGUGUGAAUUUGUGUCAGUAAUGGAUCCAGCAACUGGUGGAUAGAUGCAGAAAAAAUGGAAGCACUCCGAAAUUAAACUGAAAAAAGGGUCACGCGUGAUCUUUAUCCUUGUUUCUCGUUUUGAGUUCAACCAAUGGGUGGAAAAAUGGAUGCUGUGUUGUUGGAUGAAAACAUGUUCACAGGGACAUGACAAUAGACAAAUUACUGAUUUUCAGGAAGUCGAUAAAUAUCUCGUCUUGAUAAAAAAAAGCUGAUAUUCCUGAUACAGCAAUUAGAUCUUUAAUGGUGACGUCAUGUGCAUUGAACUUUGCUAAUUUGAAAUAAGGACGAGCUCCAGUAUUUUUUUUUUUUCACCUUUUUCUUGGGUUAACUGUAUGGUUUGUCCAAAGCCGAGUGAAUGUUCAAAAAGUUAAAUAACACUCAUAUACUUCUUGC